AUGAAGUGCCUCUUGUUCCCCAUCUUCUCCGGGUUGGCCACCGCGGCCCUGCUCUGCCGCCCCGAAGGCCCCGUCGUGCCCAGGCCACGCCUGCGCGAUGCCGCGACCCUGCGCGACGCAGCCGCCAACCUCACCAAGACGCUCGACGCGGCCGUAUCCGGCACCAUUGAGGCAGGCUGGCCCGUCGAGAACGUCUCCUUCAGCAUCGCCGUCGUGUCGCGGGAUCAAGACGAGCCCGGCGUCCCGCUGUGGGAGUACCACCACCUCGCGAAGCGCAACGUCAACGGCACAAAGGACAUUGGGCGCGACUCGCAGUACCUCGUCGGCUCCGUGAGCAAGCUCCUCUCCGACUAUAUCCUCAUCAGGAGCGGCUUGGACCUCGAUGCCCCGGUUACGAAGUACCUGUCCAAGCUGAGGGACUCCAAGUCGAGGGUGCAUUGGGAGGAGGUGAGCUUGGGUAUGCUGGCGACGCAACUGUCUGGUGCGCCUACGAACUACGGAUUCUCCGAGUACUACUAUCUCAAGGAGGUAUUUCUGUCUAUUGGCUUCCCGCCGAUCGAGGACUCGGCGUACCCGCCCUGCGGUGUAAUUGCCCUCAACAAGGCCUGCUCGAAGAAAGACUUCUUGACUGGCAUGAUCAAAUCCUACCCAGUCGUAGCGCCAGGCGAAAGACCCGCGUAUUCGAAUGUCGCCUUUACCAUCUUCAUCAUGGCCGUCGAAGAAGCUACAGGGAAGACCUACGCGCAACUCGUCGAAGACGCCCUUGCCAAGUCUCUUCACAUGAAGAGCACAAGACCUUCCCCCGGCGAUGACGCGAAGGCGGUGAUUCCCCCUGGAGAGAGCAGCUGGGGUACCGACUAUGGUCUCAACGCACCCGGCGGUGGGCUGGUGUCCUCCAUCGCGGACCUCUCGCGCUUUGCCCACGCGAUACUCACGCGCACCACUGGCUUGACGCCGGCUCAACACCGAAUGUGGCUCAAGCCAAACGACUACACCGGCGGGUUCAGCGCUGUGGGCAUGCCCUGGGAGAUUUUCCGCCCUCAUAACCUCACUCCUGCGCACCCACACCCCGUGGCCAUCUAUGCCAAGAGCGGCGGCGCCCAGUCGUACCGGAGUCAGUUUUCCAUCGUGGACGAGUACGGACUCGGGCUCAUUGUCCUCUGCGCGGGGCCCAUGAACGCCAUUCCGAUCCUCAACGACGCCGUGCUGGCGAGCAUCGUGCCUGCGGUGGAUGAAGUCGCGCGACAGCAGGCCGACAAGGGCUACGCGCAGACAUUCAAGACCUCGGGCAGUAAGCACGACAACACCACGGUCGAUGUCGACGCAACCUUUGCAAUGGACAACGACUCGCUUACCAUCAAGGCCAUGCACCGCAACGGCUCGGACAUUUACGGCGCGCUGACCCAGAUCUGGAACUACACCAUGGCGCAGUUCACCGCCGAGCUGGGCCACACGGUGCGCCUGUUCCCCACGGACCUGGACGAGAAGACGACCCUGGAAGGCAAGAAGGUCACGCGAGAGGUGUGGCGGCUGUGGCCCGAGUUCGCGGGCCCGCCCAAGUCCGAGUUGCCGGCCUCGGGCACGCUCCAGGACGAUUGCGUGCUGUGGACGCUGGGCGAUUGGGUGCAUUACGGUGGCGAGCCGAUGGAUAGAGUGCUGUUUUACAAAGAUGGCAGGGGAGAGGUGGUUGGAUUUGAGGCUCCUUUCCUGCGGACGGGAGUUUUGAAGCCGUCCAAGUAG